UGAUCCAUUGAACACGGAUGUGUUUAUGGUGUUAUGAGAUAAGAGAGGAGACACAGGUGUCUCUACUGCCGAAAAGAGUAGCAGCAUGAUGGAGAGAAUGCUGAAACGAGUGGGGCUGCAAAGCAACAAGAAAGUGCUUGACACCGAAAAACAAGCAGCAGAGACGGAGGCAGGAGCGUGUAGUAACAUUGAGGUUAAAGUUAAAGAUGUUGCCGCGGACGACAGAAAAAGUCAAGACAGUGGUGAAUUGCAGUUGUGCGAUUUAUUGAGUUUCAGGAACGUGUGCGCGCACGGGACAGCUGAGAGCGGCAGUGGCUGUUCGUCGGAUAGUACCGGAAAUCAGCUGCGAAAUGACGACGACUCCGUGGUUCGCCGUUCCAGGCGUUCGCGUGUUUUUAAUUUUCAUUAUUUAGAUUUACACAUGAUGGAAUUCAAACCGCGUGCGAUUACAAGGCGUUUGUGUGGUGGGAAGAAACCAGACAACGAAUUGUAUCGGAGCAACAGCUUCAAAUUCGAACGGUUUGAGAGGAUUGACGAUUCAGGUUGUCUCCACAAACAGGUGUCCCUGUGUGACGACUACAGUUUCCCAGUCGAUUUCGUCAACAAAAGAAGGCCUCACAGUUUUGGGGCUGGUCUUGCCAACUGGACUACGCCCAAUCCCAAUGGGGAAAAGGUAGAGAUAGUAGAGGCCUACUGUGACCCGCGGGACUCGAAGGCGUACCUGGAACCAGGAGACGAGGCGAGUGGGAAGCUGUACACGAGCCCUGACAAGGAUUACUCUCAGCCAUACAGAACUGACGGAUCUUCUGAAGCCAAAACUUCCGAGGAAGAGGGCGACGGAGUGUACGAAGAUGUUGGUCUGCCUGAGGACAACCAUGCUUCUCCCGGUGUCGAAGUAACCGGAGACUGCGUGACGGUAAUUCGUGUCGGUGAUUCUGAAGAACAAAAACAGGUCGUCAACUAUUUAGAACGGGAUCGGGAAGGAGAGGCUGACGAUUAUCAGCUGACGCUGCAUCUGGCGGCAGCUGCCCCCGUUACCACGACACGGAGGAACCCGUCUCCCUACUAUUACGGCGACCUAUUUCGUGACGACAACGAGCCGCAAGUUCUUCGCCGUCACUACUCCGAGCGCCAGCAACAGUCCCAACCGAGGCAAAGCGCUGGUUUAGCCACGCCGGCCACUGCUCUGCUUUUCAACAGGAACUCUCUGCAUGGCGACGGGAGAUCUUCCGUAUCGUCCCUGAUCAGCCCGUACAGUCGCAGUCAGCAUGCUGUCGGGAGCGCCGGGUCUUUGUUGGCUGCCUGCCUGCUGGAGUGGGACACAAUCCUCAUGCCCCCCCACCGGCAACUGAGAGCCCCCCCGGAGCUGCCGUCAGUCUGCGCCUGCGCUGGUUCUGGCCACUGCCUCGAUGAUGACGACGACGACGACGACGUGGUAGACCACGACCCCAGGUAUCACCAUCACCAUCGCCAUCACCACCACGACCAGUAUCAUCAACAUUAUGGCAGAAGAGCGCCUGUAGAGGACCCUCCUGUGGAUUACGACGUCCCAGAAGGAGAGGACGAAUACGAUAUGAGUGGGCGUCGACGCCAUCUGUACGAGACAGCCUUCGAUUGUAAAGUGAGUCGCUCGGACGACGACUUGGAUGACGUUGAUCGUGUUACAAAUCAUCCGGUCCUUCAAAUGUUUGCAAGUAGCAAAGUCUCGUCGUCGACAAACACUGGUAGCAGUUUAGCGAGACCAGUUCGCGCUACGUCUUCUCAAGACCCAACUAUCAGUAUGGGGAUCUUCACCCCCAAGGAUAGGCGUAAAGUGACGCUUGUGCGAGGCAAAUUGGUGAAGGAACGUCCCAAGGCGAUCCCUGGCCGCUUGCUACAGUCUGAUUCAGCGAGCAGUACCACAACAUUAUCGCAGGAUCUUGGCGGUCUGGAGAUCGGCGAUCCCGAGGAAGACAAGCCUGUACCCUCGCCUCCUCUCCCUCUCAGAGGGUACUCCCCUUCCCCGCCAUCCACAGCCCCUUUGCCAGCGAAGUUUCACGGUAACAACAAAGACAUUCUGGCCAUGAACAGUAUCCUUAGUGCUCCGAACUUGCCGUCAACGAGCCCCGCCCACCCGCGACUCAAAGACAUGCGCCUUCCAGUGAAGUCCCUGCGAGCUCGGGAACUACCUGACAAUCGAAAAGGGAGUAUUAUGGAGUUUAAGGGCCGACCCAGAAGCAUGAUACACCAGGAGGAAAGCGUGCCAGAGUUUAAAGGAAGACCUCGGAGUAUGUUUGUUGAAGGAGGAGGUCCAAUUCUGGAAUUCAAGGGCAGGCCAAAUGAUGCGGAGAAAGGAGAACAGCCCAUUUUAGAAUUCAAAGGCAGGCCGGGCAGAUCAGAGAAGGAGGAACUGCCUGCAUUGGACGUAGGUAGCAGACAGCGUGGUGUGGUUAGUCAAGAAUCUGGUCCCAUCUUGGAAUUCAAGGGAAGACCGGCACCGGCGGUGAACAGGCGAUGCAGUGUGCACCCGAAGUCCUCCAGUACAGAGAGCAUGGCAACUAGCAGCAGUGGAGGGAGCCUGGAGUCGAUCCGGAGCAGCACAAGUGAAGGAAACCGCAGUACCACCAGUUCCGAGAGUCGCCGGAGCAGUUCCUUGAGUUCCCACAGCUCGGAUUCAGCGAGCAGUGGAGGAGGCUGCGGUGGUAGUAAUGGAGGUCCUUCUGGCAACCCACACCACCUUCACCACUACUACCAUCAUCACCAUCAUCAUCACCAGUGUCCAGGGGCCGGUACGCCUCUGGGGGUCGUGUCCGGGGGACGGUUCUUUUCCCACCAGAAUAACAAACUCCACAUCCUUUCGCCGAUAUCGGACAAAUCUUCACAGGAACCCGUUUCAGAAACUUCCGAUAACAACCGUAACAACAAUUCGCAGAAGGCGUCUCCUGAAGACACAGAUCAGAUUACGUCACCGUUGUCUGCAGAUUCGCAGCCAAAUGGUAUGAAGCUUAAACGUCGUACCCCGCAAAAUAAAAACCUCAUCAACCUGACUUUGCAGCAGCAACAACAGCAGUCAUCGUCGUCCGGAGACGCUGAAAUCCAGGGUUCGGACAGCGGCAUCUCCAUAGAAUCGCGUGGCGGUACCAAGUGCACGAAAGUUUACAAUCUGACGGGUUUCUCCUUCGCCAAGCAAACGAACAGCGCGGACAACAACGUCCCAGCUGACAACGAGCUACAAACAGCAGAUUUCUCGGAUCUGCCUUUCGACAUGCCGAAACUGAGGCGGCGUAGGCUUCUUCAGCAAGACAACUGCACGUCGGGGAGUGCCACGUCCGUAGAUCUCCACGAUCUGCCCUUUGACAUGCCAAAACUACGAAGACGCCUGCGGGGUCAGCCCCCCGCACAACAGCAGGCGCAGACGAGCACAGAAUCAAGCGGCGUGUCCCAGGCGUCGUCUAGUCAGAGUGUCCGAGACGCCGACCGUCCUGCCUCUUCAGUAGCCCCCAUCAGGCCUACCCUCACGUUGAAUCUAGAAACUGCGUCAUCGCCCAAACAGAGACUUGGCCUGUCUUUAAAUCUUGGAGGAACAUCUUUCAUAUCUGCCCGAGUAGACUCUGUUGAUGUGCAACUCCCACUGGAACGCCAGGGGUGGUACCAUGGUGCCAUCACGAGGGUUGAGGCCGAAAAUGUCUUGCGUCUCCUGAGGGAAGGCAGCUACCUCGUCCGCAACAGCGAAUCCACGCGGCAGGACUACUCGUUGUCUCUCAAGAGUGCGCGUGGUUUUAUGCACAUGAGAAUCCAGCAGUGUCCAGAAACUGGGAAAUUCAUUUUAGGUCAGUUCAGCAAACCUUUCGAGAAUAUUCCAGAGAUGAUUCGCCACUACACGGUGAACAGACUGCCAAUCCGUGGGGCGGAGCACAUGUGUCUCUUACAUCCCGUCAUCGAACAGCUGCUUUAGCUGCUGCUUUCAAGGCAGUGAUCGCUGCUGUCAGAGAUUAUGACGUACUCACGAUUUGCCGCAAUCCACAGAGCAUCGUGGUUCCAGAUUCUUAAUUACGCAUUUAUACUCCGUUCGUAGCGUUAAUGCUUCCAGAUCUUUAAAUAUCUUAGAGGUUAUUAGAACAGUCGAAUGAAUUGAUCGAGUGAAGUUUCACGCACGCAGAAUUAGGCUUUAUUCGUGACGACCGCUAAAAAAAUCCCAAAUUUUGAGAGAUCACAUCGGUAAUUUGAACUUUCCUUACGAAACCUGUAUUAAAUAAUCUUGACCAAACUUUGUCUUCCUCUCUCCGCUAUAAGCAAAUUCCCUCGCUCGGUCAUUUGUUCACGAAUAAAUCUGGAGUCAAACCUUUACCUUAAGAGAAAGCUUUGGAGGAUUACGUUAAAGUGGAUCGUAUGUUAUGAACCGGUUUAACAGGUGAACGGAUAAUAACGACUCGGGGAAGCUUUGGAAUUUGUUGGUUACGAAAUUAAGUGACAUUUUAAAUAGGGCGAAGGGCCUCGAUGGACUUUCCCUUCUCUUACGUAGGGUCUUAAGGAUCUACGCAGAUUUAGAAUGAAGAAUUGCAGAAUACUGAAUUGCGUGUUUUAAAGAACUGAACGUAUUUGAUAAAGAGUUUCAUGCAGAGUCCUUUUUUUUUUUGAGAAGCUUAUAGUCGCUCAACUAGUCAAAUUCCCCAGCUACUACUGGACUCUGAGCCAGAUGAAUCCAGUUCACACCCCCCACAUUGUUUAUGAUCCAUUUUAAUAUUUUCUUCGUGUCUGUGCCGAGGUCCCUUUCUCUCUCGUCGUCUCCAUCAGAAUUUUUGUAAUCCUCAAGUUUUCACGUCCUUUCAGUUGGUAAUGAAGCGCCAAUUGUAGAAGGCAGUUUCUUUCUAUUUUGUUGGUAUUCCUGUUUCUCUGACGUACAGAGUGCGACGUCAGAUUCCGGGGAUGAGCCGUGUCGAAGGUCGUAAAUUUUUGAUGAAAUGUUGGAUAAUUUUGAAAAUCUGAUGUGACUCGACCCCCCCAAAAAAACCAAAAUUCUAGAUUUAACUCUAAAAAGCUUUAAGACAGGAGUAACAUUUUGCAACUUUCACUCUUUCUCUGAAGUCGACAUUUCUUUUUCUGAUGUGGUCCAGUGGAGCCCAACGGCGUACUAUAAAAAAUGCUUCCGUGAAAUCGCGAGCUUCUUUUUGGUUUAGAAACAUUUCAUCGCCAUAAUUAAACAUUUUUUUUUGCUGUGUUGUUAUGCAAAUGUAAUUUUGUAUCAGUUGGUAUUCGUGUGCCAAAAUUACUUUUAAGUACGGCAUUUAUCGUUAAAACUUUGCGUCAGUAACUUCUAAGUAAAUUUUUAAUCCUAUAAAGGGUUUAACGAUGUCAAAUUUUAGAAGGUCCAGACUGACAAGAUUAAAUACUCUCGUCAUAUUUUGAUACAGAAAGUCGUAGUCUUGAAUUCCUUUAGUUUGCAGUAUUUUCAUUUAAGACGUAGCACAAAUAUAUGAUUCUCCUUCUGUCAUCAUGAAUUUUGAAAUGGAGGCUUUAAAUUUUGUUAUAUUUCCUCUCGGUUUCGUGUUUUGUACGAAAAUUCUUAGUCCCAAUACUGGUAAUUAAAUUCUCUCAAAAUUAUAAUUUUAAUUCACGUAAUAAACAGUGAAAUUAGAAUCCACACUUCCGGAACAGGGUCCCGGAAUCUUUUUCUUCGUUAAAAUAUCUCGCUAGAAGCGGUAAUUAUGCAGGUGCUAAGAUAUUUUGCGUAAAACGACAACGCAGAUAUAGGAAGUGUCCUAUGACGUAGUUAAUUUCUAGUGAUCUGCCUCAUCGUACGAUAAUAGGUUCCCAAUAAAGUUCUUCCACGUCGCCACAUUGUGGUCGUAGUUUGUAUAGUCCGUUUUCGAUGUUACCAUUACAUUCCUAAGAAGUCUACUAUUAAGUUGUCUAUUAGACAAUAAAUACGAGAUCUAAGUUCGUAAAGGAAAUAGCCGCCUCUGUACGAUAAUUUUGAGACGUGUUUUGACAGCGUUGCCAUUUUUUUAAAAAAAAUAUUGUUGUAUGACGUCUGUUAGUAAUUAUUUUAAGCUAUAAAGGACAGAUGUCAUUAUUUUGUGUAGAAGUUGUAGAAAUGACGUCGAAUUUCCGACGCAGAAUGACCUUUCGGAACCGCGGUCUAAAUAUCGUAGAAAUUACGUAAAUGAUCGCUGAAUAGCUGAUUAUUCAAUUAAUUUGAUAUGUUUUAAGCAGUGGUGUUAUGGGGUCGAAGGCAACAUUGAAACACCACGGCAAUUCUCGUCUUUACGUACCAAAUUUGAUUUUUAGUAAAAAAAAAUAUAUAUUCCUUUGCGUUAUUUGCGUACUCAAGAUUACAUAUGGUAAUGUUAAAUAGAAACAUAAUUUUAUAUGAACGUAUUAAUUAGUAAGUGAGCUGGUUAUUUAUAUAUGCAUUGCGUAUCGUAAGACCAAAGUCCCGUAAAAAUUAGGAUUCUGGUCCGAUUAAUUAUAUUUGUUACUCGGUAGUUUUGUACUUAAUCUUUGAUUCAUUGAAAAGUCAUGUUGAGAUGAAACCCCGAGAUCCUGCCGUCCGCCGAUGGAAAUAAAAUGCGAUGUUUCGUAAUAUUUACGGCGCUGUACCAGUUUUUUUUUUUGUGUUUCCGUCCUUUGGUUCGUCUGUCCGGCCAUCCGUCCAACGAUCAGUCCCUACUAGCUCAGUUUUCUCACGUUCCGGAACAAAAUAAGUCAUUUUACGUAAAUUGAAGGUAUCUGUCGUCUUUCGUUAUGACGAUAAAACGUGCGUCCACAAAGAAUGACUAAAGUAGAAUUCUGUGUUCCACGGUCGUAAUUUUAAUAUUUAUGAUAACAUUUAUUAAUGUUGUUACAUAAUUCCUUAAGGAAAUUAUCUUGGACCCGGAUAAUAAUAAAAUGAGAAUUUUUUACGUCAUUUAAAAUAAUUAACGUAAUUCAUCUUUAUGCUAUUUUAAUAUAUUAAAUAUCACACGAGAAAUUCAAUUUUACUGGCAGGAUUUCGAUGAAAUCAUCUUCUAAUGACUUUUCUAUGUAAAUAAUAAUAUGAAGUGGCCAAUUUAAGGAAUUCCUUACCUUCAAAGUGUAAUGAGCGAGAUGAAAAAUGUGCAAUUCCUUAAUGAGCACUCUCCUGGGGUUGAGGCCACUAGUGAAGUGUAAGGAAAUAUCGAAGCCAAAGAUUAGCUGUGAAUUCAUUUAAUCGUGCAGAUAAACUAUAAACACUGUUAGUGCAGCCGUCAUGUUUUAAGUGUAUUUAGACGCAAAAGAUUUUUUUUAGAAAGACUCUCGAUUCAUUGUAAAUGCUAAAUGGUGAAUAUGUGUUAAAAAUAUAUAAUUAUACAGUGUGUCCGAAAAUUGUGAAUAUUCUUUAAUGUUUGAAAAUGCAGUCUACAAUAAUUAGGUUUGGUAUACGAAGUACUGUUAAUUUUACGAAACUUAAUAUGAGGUUAUUGAAAUUUAGCAAAAUUUCUUUUUGUGCAUUAUUUUCAAGAACCAAAAACUACUAAAAUAAAUUUAUCUAUGAUGGGAAAUGUUUUAUGUAUAAUUUUCGGAGGAAUUAUGUGAGAUCUGCUUCAUUUAUUUAAUUUUGUCCAUCUUACGGAGAAGGAUCGUCGGUGUCCGCGUGCCGAGUUCCAAAAUAAUUUUUUUAAAUGAUUGAUGGAACUAAACGAAAUUUAGUAUGAAUGUCACUAGAGGCCAUCCUACUACUUCGUAAUUUUAUUUCAUCAACAUCAUCAAAAUUUUUUAAUUUCUGAAUUGGGAAAAAACAUGGCCUGUGCACAAUAUUCAUAUUUCGCUGUCAGCCUUGAGAUUACGAACAUAACCUUAAAAUUUUAUAUAAAACACUUCUUCUUCUUCUUUUAUAAUCAAUCCGACAGUCUUCAGACCAUUUGAAUGCUCGUGUCGCGGGAUUGAGUACAACUUGAGACGUGAUCCUUCCAUUUGGGGGAGUCCUACCAAAAUUUCUUUAAACAAUUCAUAGUUUCAGAUCUUAAUUCUGAAUUGGAACAGACCAGAGCCAAAGCUUAAGAAGACGUCAAUUAAAAACUGUGUAAUUAUCAAUUUUGACUUCUUGCUGUCCGCGCCAUAUCCGAGCGUUUGAAGGAUAGCGGGCGUAAUAAUAAUUUCUUUCAAAAACUUGUUUAACAGUAAAAUUCAAUGAUGUUUCUGGUAUUUUCGUUAUAAUAAUAUAACAAAAAAUUGUCUUAUUACAUGAUUGUGAUUUAAUUAAUUUUGUCAUCGAAAUAUUUUGAAGUUCGUUAGCUUUUUAUUUUAUAAUUUUGCACAACAAAUCAUUUAGAAGUGUUUAUUGAGUUAUGAAUUUGUUUAAUCUGUUGUACUUCGAGAGACGUAACCUCUGGUGUCCCACUGGAAACUGAAUGCUGCGUAGCGUAAUCAUAUUUCAACAUUUACAGCAUGGAAAUAGGAAUUGAAACCCCCCCAUGUUUUGGAGUUUCUGGUCAGACAUUAACUCUCGAGUUAACAGUUCAGUGAUGCAAUGCGCUGCAUCUAAUCUGUGACGCACAGAAGAGUAUCUGGAUUGACGGCACAGUUCUUAAAAAGUCUUUCGCUGAACUGAUGAUCGAUGUUUGGUAUUACGACACCAGGGGUUAUGAUUGGUUUAAUAUUGCACUAAUGAAGGCCUCAAGGGUAAAAUUAAGAAAGGACCAAUUUUUAGACUGAGGUCUAAGGACUUGUAAAAUUCAGUGACGUUCUUCAAUAAAUGUGACUGAAAAUGGAAACGGCCACCCGUUUUCACUAUAAAAGUUCACAAAAUGUAUCCAUUA